GACUGCCACUACGUUACGGAGAUCAACGGGAGGGUCGUGCAGUUCCCAGCACAAGGCAAGGCACACGUCAAGGUGAAGAUUGAGGGUCAGCAGUGCGACAUGGAGGUGGACUCCGGAUCUGGAUUCACUAUCGUGUCGGACCAGACCGCGAGGACAUUCUUCCCCAGGGGUAAGUUGCCCCCUCUGGAACCCUUCCCGGCAACCUUGCAGUCAUACUCAGCGGGCCGCAUCCAUGUUAUGGGAAUGUGUGCC